GUAGCUCUGGCUGCUGCCGGGGGCUGUAACUGUAACUGGAAUUGAGGGCAGUUCGAAUCUCUGCAGCUCUCCAACAAGAUACAUCAUACCCAAAAACACACAGUCAUCAUGGAGGUUCUUCUGGGAAUUACGGGCAAGGACUUUACUCUCAUCGGCGCCUCCAAAGCUGCCAUGAGGGGAGCCACCAUCCUCAAGGCAUCCGACGACAAGACAAGGCCGUUGAACAAGCACACUCUGCUGGCUUUCUCUGGAGAAGCUGGCGAUACAGUACAAUUCGCCGAAUACAUCCAACGAAAUGCCCAACUCUACUCCAUGCGCAACGAGACCGAGCUGUCACCCUCUGCCCUCGCCCACUUCGUCCGAGGAGAACUCGCCACCAGCCUCCGAUCCCGAAACCCAUACAACGUAAAUCUCCUCAUGGGAGGAGUUGAUCCCAUUACCGGCAAGCCCUCUCUAUACUGGCUGGACUACCUAGCGUCGCUGGCGGAGGUACCGUACGCAGCACACGGCUAUGCGCAAUACUACUGCCUGUCUCUUCUUGACAAGCACCACCACCCAGACAUUACACUAGGACAGGGAAUCAAGCUCAUGACUAUGUGCAUAGAUGAGCUGAAGCGUCGACUACCGAUCGACUUCAAGGGAAUGGUGGUCAAGGCAAUCAAGGCAGACGGAAUUGUCGAUAUAGAGUUCGAUGACGACCGUAUUGUGAAAAGCGCAUAAGCAAGAACAGCGGGUGCUGGAGAAGGGAUGGCGUGUAUCACUAGAAACUGGCUUGAGCUUGGUAAUUAAUAUACGGCCGCUUCUUCCGGUUCAUUCUUCAUCAAUUUCGUCAUGCGACUGGUCAAGGCUUGGCGAAUGCAGGGUGAGAAGAGGUAUACAGUACUUGCCGUGGGGGCCACAAGGAGUAUACGGUAACUCUGGAAGUUUGCUGGAUGAUGAAUAUGCCAUAUAGAACUGCUGCUGUGGAUUAUUUUCUUCAAGGAUUGGCAUCUUUCCCAGCAUCUCAGUGGGUAUUAUUGCUGUAGGGGCCGACUUGUAGCCGUAUCUAAGUGACAAUCUAGGCUCCAUACUCUGGCUUAGAGCCAGCUGCAUGCAAUUAUAAGAAUAGCCGGAUGUCUG